GAGACAGGGUUCAGGAUAUUUUAUCUAUAUUACAGUGUUUAUGAGACAGGGUUCAGGAUAUUUUAUCUAUAUUACAGUGUUUAUGAGACAGGGUUCAGGAUAUUUUAUCUAUAUUACAGUGUUUAUGAGACAGGGUUCAGGAUAUUUUAUCUAUAUUACAGUGUUUAUGAGACAGGGUUCAGGAUAUUUUAUCUAUAUUACAGUGUUUAUGAGACAGGGUUCAGGAUAUUUUAUCUAUAUUACAGUGUUUAUGAGACAGGGUUCAGGAUAUUUUAUCUAUAUUACAGUGUUUAUGAGACAGGGUUCAGGAUAUUU